CAAUUAUUGAGCCUUGGAAAAUUCUCCAUACACACAAUAAGAAAGUCAGAUAAGUUCACUAGAGAGACAUGAAGAGCAAGAUUAGAGUUCUAUUUGAAUCCAUCAUAUCAUGUGGAAAACCUUCAAAAGAUUUGUCUGAACCAAAAAAUCACAAAGACCAACAAUCAAUUCCUACAGAUGAAUUUGGAGAAAAUGCACAAGCACAAGGACACCAAGAUGAACAAAAACAUGCACAAUUAGUACAAGGUCAAAUGGUGAAAAAUGAAGCAAAAAAAGAAAAAGAAAAAGUACAGGGUUUUUUUUUACGUAGAAUAAAAAUAACAACAUAUAGUCGAAUAACAAUAUCUUCACGACAAGCAGGACCACCACUCAGACGCCAACCACCUCGUCGUAAGACUGGUUGAACAAAAUGUACAAUCUU